AUGACAAUUCUGUUAAGAAACGCGGACGGGGGCACCCAACUUGCGCGUCUCAUCACGCCCCCCUACUUAUUUCCACAGCACGUUGUGCACCGCGAGGACGACACGCUGCAGCUGCUGCAGUCGGCCCUCCUCGCGCCGGACCGCCUCGCGGCGGCACCAGUACUCGCGCAGCAGCCGCUCAUACGCCUCUGCAUCACUCUCCCCCAUCGCGCGAAGCACCGCCAAUCACACUGCAGCAGGCGCACCGCUGAGGCAGGCCUACACACGUCGGCAACGAGUGAGAAGCAGAUAAAUAGAAAUGGAGAGAGGCAG